AUGCCAAUCCUGGGACAGCACUCCAUGGCUGGAUACUACCGAAGACCUUCACAUGUCGUGGGCACUCCGAGGCCAUUCUUGGGCGCUCUACAACCGGAAGCUGUCGUACCUGCAGAUCAGGAGUGGGAAGCGGCAAUCAGCGAGGAGAGGAGUUUGCUGAGAGAUAACAAUAUCAUUCCACCUAAGCAUCCGAGACGAAGAGAAAGUGGCGCCAGCGAUACGGGCAUGGGAGCUUCGUUGAGGAGAAUGGUCAGCUCGACUCUCCGCAGGAAGAGCCAAGCUGUAGCAGUAGAAGAAGAUGGUGCCGCAGAUCAAUCACCCGCCGGCGAAACAACUGCCCUUCUUGGAGAUGACAGGAGUCAUCUUCCCUAUGGCGGUGAAGACACGCCUGAGAACAUCGCUAAGAAAUGGGAGGAAGCAGUCAUGUCCGGCAAGAUUCAAACGACCUGGCAGCGUGAAUCGAAGACCUUGAUCCGAUAUUCAGCACCCCUGAUCGUGACCUUCCUUUUGCAGACCAGCUUGACCCUGACCUCGGUCUUCACAGUGGGCCAUAUCGGUAAGAACGAGCUUGGAGCUGUAUCUCUCGGCUCCAUGACUGCAAACAUUACCGGCUAUUCAGUCUACCACGGUCUCGCCACUUCUCUCGACACACUCUGCGCGCAAGCCUACGGAUCAGGAAAGAAGAAACUCGUCGGUCUCCAACUCCAGCGCAUGGUAGUCUUCCUCUGGGUAAUCACCAUUCCAAUCGCGAUCAUCUGGCUCGCAGGAACACAGAUCCUAUACGCCAUCGUUCCCGAGAAAGAAAUCGCAGAACUCGCCGGCCAAUACCUCAAGAUCCUCAUCAUCGGUGCUCCAGGCUACGCAUGCUUCGAAUCCGCAAAACGUUACGUCCAAGCCCAAGGCCAAUUCACCGCAAAUCUUUACGUCCUCCUCAUCGCCGCACCUCUAAACAUCCUCAUGCACUGGCUCUUCGUCUGGAAAUUCGGCUGGGGUUUCAUCGGCUGUCCAAUCGCAAUCGUAAUCACCGAAACCCUCAUGCCAAUGCUCCUCCUCCUCUACGUCCGCUUCUUCGUAGGAAUGGAAUGCUGGCCCGGCUUCACCCGCAAAGCCUUCGUAAACUGGGGCCCAAUGGUCCGCCUCGCCCUCCCAGGCCUCGUAAUGGUCCUAGCCGAAUUCCUCGCCUUCGAAAUCCUAACCCUAGCCUCAGCCCGCAUCUCCUCCACCGCUCUCGCCGCAAACUCCAUCCUCCAAUCCGUCUCCCUCCUCGCAUACCAACUCCCCUUCCCCCUCAGCGUCGCAGCCUCCACACGAGUCGCAAACUUGACCGGCGCCGGCUUGCCAGACGCAGCAAAAGUCACUACCAAAGUCACCUUCAUCUUGGGCAUAUUCUUGGGAGUUUUCAAUCUCACUCUCCUGAGUUCUUUAAAAGAUCACAUUCCAAAAUUAUACACCGGAGAAGCCGAGGUCAUAUCUCUAGCAGCAGCCUCUUUACCCGUCGUCGCUACUCUCCAAUUAUUCGACUCCUUGGCCGCGCAAUGUAACGGUCUCCUCCGUGGUCUCGGAAAACAAGAACUUGGCGGAUAUGUGAAUCUUUUUGCUUAUUAUGCGAUCGCUCUCCCUAUGUCUUUCGGGUUAGGUUUCGGACUUCAUUGGGACUUAAUUGGACUUUGGGCCGGUCCGGCUUUGGGUUUGGGGAUUGUUUUUGCUUUGGAAGGGUUUUAUUUGUCGAGGCUUUCUUAUGAGAAGGCUUCGGAGGAGGCGGCGAAGAGGAAUGCUCAAGGGUGA